UCUCUCCGGAGGAGCCUCGGCAGCCCUGAUUUGCUGGGGAGCGGCGGAGGCUCGCUCUGGGCAGAGCCGGGCUGCGCUGCCGCUGCUGACGCGUGGCCGCCGCCGCGCCGGGAGCAGCCCCGCGCCCGCCGCCCCCGCUGCGCUCCGCGGCCGAGGAACCUCCGCGCCGCUGCGGCCCCGCUGCCUGCGGUGCCCUCCCCGCAGCGGGGAGCUGAGGAAUAACCAACCAUGACUACCGAAUCGGGAUCAGACUCCGAGUCCAAGGAUAAAGAGCAGGAUCAGGAGGAGAGCCCUGCGCAGGAAGGGACGGCAGAGAGCCAGCCGCAGGAGCAGCAGCCUCAGCAGCCGAGUGAGGAACACCAGACUGCACUGGAGCAGUUCUCAGCUGUGGCAGCGCACAGCACGCCCGUGAGAAAGGAGCAGGCCACAGAGAAAGAACAGGAGUUUGCUGCUGCAAGUGCAAAACAGCUGGAAUACCAGCAGCUAGAGGACGACAAGCUCUCUCAAAAAUCUUCAUCUAGCAAACUUUCCAAGUCUCCUCUAAAGAUCGUCAAGAAACCGAAAAAUAUGCAAUGCAAAGUGACGCUCCUGGAUGGAUCGGAAUAUGCAUGUGAAGUAGAGAAACGUUCCAGAGGUCAAGUGCUAUUCGACAAAGUGUGCGAGCAUCUGAACCUUUUGGAAAAAGACUACUUUGGGCUAACAUACAGAGACACAGAAAACCAAAAGAAUUGGUUGGACCCUGCCAAGGAAAUCAAGAAGCAGAUCCGAAGUGGUGCUUGGCAGUUUGCAUUUAAUGUGAAAUUCUACCCUCCAGACCCUGCCCAGCUAUCUGAGGACAUUACCAGGUACUACCUCUGCUUGCAGCUGAGAGAUGACAUCGUUUCGGGACGGCUGCCCUGCUCGUUCGUCACACUGGCCCUGCUGGGCUCCUACACCGUGCAGUCAGAGCUCGGCGACUACGACCCCGACGAGUACGGCAGCGACUACAUCAGCGAGUUCCGCUUUGCGCCAAACCACACUAAAGAGUUGGAGGACAAAGUGAUUGAGCUGCACAAGAGCCACAGGGGAAUGACACCUGCAGAAGCUGAGAUGCAUUUCCUGGAGAAUGCCAAAAAACUAUCAAUGUAUGGAGUAGAUCUCCAUCAUGCCAAGGAUUCCGAAGGAGUGGAAAUCAUGCUAGGAGUCUGUGCAAGUGGACUCUUAAUAUAUCGAGACAGACUAAGAAUAAAUAGAUUUGCCUGGCCAAAGGUUUUGAAAAUUUCCUACAAGAGGAACAACUUCUACAUCAAAAUCCGACCAGGGGAGUUUGAGCAGUUUGAAAGCACUAUUGGGUUUAAGUUGCCAAAUCAUCGUGCUGCAAAGCGCUUAUGGAAAGUGUGUGUUGAACAUCAUACAUUUUUCAGGCUCCUGCUGCCAGAAGCACCUCCAAAGAAGUUCCUCACACUGGGCUCCAAGUUUCGAUACAGUGGCCGGACGCAGGCCCAGACGAGAAGAGCCAGUGCCCUCAUAGACCGUCCUGCACCGUACUUUGAGCGGUCCUCUAGUAAACGUUACACCAUGUCUCGCAGCUUAGAUGGGGCAUCAGUGAAUGAAAACCAUGAAAUGUACAUGAAGGAUUCUGUGUCUGCUGCAGAGGUUGGUACUGGCCAGUACGCCACAACAAAGGGCAUCUCUCAGACCAACUUGAUAACCACUGUGACUCCAGAGAAAAAGACAGAAGAGGACAAAGAUGAUGAAGAGGGCAAAAAGAAGAGAGCAGAGGAAGUCACCCCGAUUUCAGCAAUACGCCAUGACACCAAGCCAUCUUUGCUUGGCACUGACUCCCACCACUCCUCGCCAUCCUUUCAGCCUGGCCCCCAUGUAUCUUCAGCAAAGCUUCGCAGGAGAUGCAAGGAGAGCACUCGGACAAAGUCCUUAGGCUGUGAGGCCCCCAAAGAGAGUGCUCCAAAACACAGCGAGUUGGAGCCCGACUCUGACAGAAAGGGGCGAGUUUGCUCCGCCGAGCAAGACAUGGCUUUUGGCUACAAGCAAAAAGCUGGCAAAGGCGGAACACUGUUUUCCUUCUCCUUGCAACUUCCAGAGUCAUUUCCUUCCCUCCUGGAUGACGAUGGCUACCUGUCGCUCCCUAACCUCUCCGAAACCAACCUCCUGCCUGCCAGUGUGCAGCACUACCUCCCCAUCCGCUCCCCCUCCCUCGUGCCUUGCUUCCUCUUCAUUUUUUUCUUUCUGCUCUCUGCCUCUUUCUCAGUGCCAUACGCCCUCACUCUCUCCUUUCCUCUGGCUAUGUGCCUCUGCUACCUGGAGCCCAAGGCGGCCUCCUUGAGUGCCUCACUUGCCAAUGACCUGAGUGACAGUUCAGAGGAAGAGACUGACAGUGAGCAGACGGAUACUGCGGCUGAUGGUGAGACCACUGCCACCGAGUCGGAUCAAGAGGAGGACGGAGAUCUAAAGGCACAGAAUAGUCUGAUUAAGCGAAUACAGGGUGAAAAUGUGUAUGUCAAACAUAGUAAUCUUAUGUUAGAGGAUCUAGACAAAACCCAGGAAGAUCUGAUGAAACAUCAGACCAAUAUAAGCGAGUUGAAACGCACCUUCUUGGAAACCUCCACAGAAACAACUGUGUCUAAUGAGUGGGAGAAGAGGCUUUCCACAUCUCCCGUUCGGCUUGCAGCAAGGCAGGAGGAUGCUCCUAUGAUUGAACCACUAGUGCCUGAAGAGACCAAAGAAGAAACAGAAAAAUCAGAAAAACUCAUAUUUUUGCAGAAGGGAGGUACUACAUUCCUUGAAAUGCAGCCAAGUGUGAUAGAGAAGAAGCUGCAGGAAGGAGAAUCUGCUGGCACUUUGGUUACCUCUCAUCAAAUCAUUAUCCAGAAAAGUAUCCCAUCAUCCCUAGAGACUAAACAGUCCACCAGUGAAAAAACCUUGGACGGUUCAGAUAUCUUCACUUUAAUAGAGUCCGCCAGAAAACCAACUGAGUUCAUAGGAGGGGUUACUUCUACUUCCCAUACUUGGGCUCAGAGAAUAGAGACGACGACGUCUCAGGAGAUAACUUCCAGUGACAUGAAGCAAGCAGCUCAGCCGGAUCAGGAUACAGUGCAGAAGGUUGUACAGGAGACUGUAGUUGUCAAGGAGAGACAUGGGAUGGAGGUGCAUGCAGGCGGGGAUCCUGCUAAAGUGGCCGGACUUACGCUGGAUGCCCAGGCUGAGGCAGCGUCAGCGGUGGCUGCCGGCGUGAAAGGGAAGGAGGGCUCUGCUGGGACUGAGGGGGCGAAGGAGGAAAAAAGGGAGGAGGCUGGGAAAGCCCUAACCAAACAGGAAGGAGUCGCUACCCCUGCUUCAUGUGAGCAGGCAGAGGAGCACAGAACAACAGUCCAACUUUCAGAGUCUUUGGAAAGAAAACCUCAUUUUGAGUCGCCAGUCGUGAAGACUGAGACUAUAAGUUUCAGCAGUGUUCCCACUGGUGGGGAAACCCUUGAAAUUUCAACAAAGGAAGUGCCAGUAGUCCAUACAGAAACAAAAACCAUUACAUAUGAAUCUUCUCAGGUGGAUUGCGGUGCUGACUCUGAACCAGGUGUAUUGAUGAGUGCGCAAACGAUCACAUCUGAAACCACCAGCACUACAACUACUACACACAUCACCAAAACUGUGAAAGGUGGCAUCUCAGAGACAAGAAUUGAAAAACGAAUAGUCAUCACAGGAGAUGCAGAUAUUGAUCAUGAUCAGGCGCUGGCUCAGGCAAUUAAAGAAGCCAAAGAGCAGCACCCUGACAUGUCAGUGACCAAAGUAGUGGUACAUAAAGAGACAGAAAUCACACCAGAAGAUGGGGAGGAUUGACCACAGGAAUAACCUAGAAUGCAUAUGAAUCCAGACAUGCAUACCAGUAGGAAUACGAGAACCUAUACGGAGUCUCAGUUCCAACCUGACUGACUUGUAUCUGUCUAUGGAAAAUUUCAGUACAGAAGAAUUGAUCUUGACCUUAAUAAAGAAACUGACAGAGAUACCUUCCCAUAGAAAGCAAUCUGAAUCAGCAGCAGUUAAACAAUAUUGCAUGAAGCAACAAUAAAAUUACAGAAAAGCAGCAUUUUUAAUUUUCUUAAAAUGUCUAAGUUUUCAGCUUUACCUGCACGUUCAUAAACAAUAUAAACAGUGAUCUCAUGUAACACAUAAACAGUUCAUGCCUUUCACAGUUUCUGAAAGUCUAAACAAAUUAAAAUUUGUUAGGUGGCAAGUCUUUUGUUUACAGAUUGUAAAUGAAGAUUACCCCGAAAAUGCUAGAAGCUGUAUAGGUACUGUGUAUAAUGUUUUACCACACAUUAGAUGUGCCAAUAACACAGUUUAUUCAGUAAACAACUUGAAUCUUAUAUUUGUUUCAUCUGGUUUUAUUACUGCCCGAUAAACAAUGAUGAAUCUUUACUCUUAUCAAAACAUAUAAAUGCUUACAAAGUGUGCUUUGUAUACCUGACUGAACACCUUAUGAGGUAGUAAUGAUUUUAGUAUAUUAACUCUAAUGAUUUUUGUCAGCAUUGUUCAGAGUCAGCUUCCAGUCACCCUUCACAGAUCCUAAUCUUGUAAAUUAUAUGUAGUUAUUUUGGAGAAAAAAAAAAAAUCUGUAUUUUACUUAGUUUGCAGCUUUAGAAAAUUAUUAAUCUGAAAUAACCAUGAUGGUUUUCUAUUGAUUUCCCUUUUGUUCUCAGAGGAAAAAAAAAAAAAAAUCUGUUUGAGAAUCUGGCCAGCAUUUGCUAUCUAGUUCUGAGUCAAGCCUUAACCUGUACAGAACGUCCACUGAAAACUCGCUAGUGUCCAGCUCUAAUACCCACGGAAGGGAUAGCGUCCAUUACACUGUCAGCUGCAUCACAACACAUGGUGAAUGUAUGUUUCUGCAUAGUGAAAUAAAAGUGGUAAAUGCAUCUGAAAUCGUAUUGUUCUGUGUCUAAAAGCACCUAGUGGUCUUUAGUAUUCAAAACAUCAAAAUGUUAUGUUUGUAAGACACCACAGGUUUUACUCAUGUGCACAGUAGAUGUGUUUCAUCUUCAGUGGCUGACACUGCACAGUGCAGACAGUGGGAGUUAGUGGAGAAUCCAAAGGGAUGACAGUGUUCACCUUUGGGCAUAUGACGUUUGCAAAGGAAAAGGACUGUUUGGUUCCUUCUGUUUUCUCUGGUUGUGUAACAUUUCACCAAAGCUAAAUGAAGAAUUUUGUUGUUGCUUAGAAAGUAAAGGCCAGUAGCGCUUGAUCCAGACCCACCCUCUUUUUGUACUUUGCCUCUGAAACAUGGAUAAAAUUCUCUUUAAGGCCGUAUUACUUACUGGUUCCUUUUUUUUUUUUUUUUUUUUUUUUCCCCACUCCUUUGCUGCAUCUCACUGACACUCCCCUGGUAGUUUAAGAGAAAUUUGUAAUGAUUAGUUCACCCUUCAAUCUGUAUUUCCUUGCAGGAUUGAAAGGCCGUGGGUACAAGCAGACUUUUCAGGACAUAAAGGGCCAAAUUUGCCCUUCAUUGUUUACACGGGGCUCCCUCCCAUUGAAGUUAAUGGAUUUGCCUUCAGUGGAGAGCAGGAUUUGACCCGGUGACUUGUUAAUAAAUGUUUAUUUUCAUAAUUUAGAAAGAAAAAUAGUAUAUAUAGAGAGAAUAACCUGUAGAUAAUAAUUAAAAGUAAUAUCCCAAGGCUUUUAAAGCUUUGCCCUUAGUCUCCAAAGCAUCUUCCUUCCACCAGCCAUUCUUCAUGCCUUUAAAUAUGGAGUGCUAAUGAUGUAAUCCCUCCCCACAUUGUUACCUCUCACCUAAGAACCCACAAAGCUGACCGUCUGUUGUGAUCUUUAAUGGCCCUCUCCUCCUCCUCCUCCUCCUCCUCCUAGUCCAAGUCCAUCUCUGUUCUCAUCCCCCUGAGUGACAGUAGGCUCAGCUCUCUGGUGCUGCUGGUGCCCAGAGGCUGUCAGGAGUGGAGGAGGUCCUCACCCUGUGCUGGCCGAUGGCGCACCGGGUCCUCACUACUGCAUCAGGAGUUUAAAAAUAAACUCUGAAGCCAUAUUGAUCCUCCUUCAGGUGCCCCUCAUGUUGUCAGCUAAGGAACAGCAUUGUUUACCUCAGAGAGACACAAGGUGAUCGCACAGCCUUCUCUCCAGAGUUAGCAUUAUAUUUUAGCAUGGCUUGAGGAGAUUGUACUCUGGUGAUCCUGCACAGUAUGUACGCUGUCUAAAGAUAUUGCAUUGUAGGAAGUUAGUCUCCUUGGAAAGGACAUUUGCCACUAAGAUACCGCCUAAGCGCAUAUAAACUAUGAGGAGAUGGGAGUGGACAGGCAAGGACACCUCAGUGCCACUGUUGGUAGUAGACCCUUGUUUGGGGGAUGGUUCCUGGAAGUGAUAGCUUUGGAUUUUGUUAGAAACUGUUUCUUGGGUUGUCUGCCUAAUGCUGUGCCACAUGAAAUAAAGAGCACCUGCCUGUUUCUACCAACCA